AUGAUAGACGACGAAGCGAAUGAUGACGGUCCAUUUCCGGGCGAUUUAAACACUAAAUUCGCGCUUCGUCUACGCGGUCGAAAGGGAGCUUUGAAAAAAAAAAAUGUUUAUAAUGUAAAGGAUCACAAAUUUAUACCAAGAUUUUUUAAACAACCAACAUUUUGCAGUCACUGCAAAGAUUUUAUUUGGUGA